GCCCAUUCCGCAUCCACCGCAUCCACCGCCUCGCUCCUCGCUGGUAUCGGAUCGACGGGCGGAUUUCAUCCGCAUCCGAUUCCAUCGCCAGCGAGCAUCCGAUUCCCGCGGCCGUGAUCCCGCUGCGCCGGGCUCCGUUUCAAAUCCGAGCCUGCCCCGCGUUGCUCCAGGGAAACGCAGGCGGCGCCGUUCUCAGCCCAGUAUUUGAAGCUGCCCUUCGCCGCGGCUUGCUUGGUCGCCAUCUGCCCCCCCCCUACAGCCACCGCUCUCUCCUCCACAACCGUCGUCCGCAGCUUUACCGCAUUGCCAUGGCUCCCAUCGAGGUCAACCACCGCAUCCCCUCUGCCACCUUUGGCCACUCUGGCAACCCCGAGGAAGUCGGUGCCUGUGCUCGCCCCAGCACCAUCUCGUCUGACGAGCUUUUCAACAACAAGAAGGUCGUCAUCUUUGCCGUUCCCUUUGCCUACAGUCCUGGAUGCCAGGGCACCCAUGUUCCGGGCUUCCUGGAGCACUAUGAUCAAAUCAAGGCCAAGGGCGUCGACACCGUCGCCUGCGUGAGCACCGACUCGGUCUGGGUCAUGGAUGCCUGGGGCAAGGCCCUUGGUGUUGGCUCCAAGAUUCUGAUGCUCUCGGACGCCCACGCCGAGUUCUUUGACAAGCUUGGCCUGACCGUCGACUCGACCGCCAGCCCUCGCGCCGGAUUCUACCUCAAGCGCCCCGAGCGCUUCGCCCUCAUCGUCGACAACGGCACUGUCAAGUACGUCGGCGUCGAUGCCAGAGAUAUCCAGCGCUCGGCCGCCGCUACUGUCCUGGCCAACCUCUAGGCUCAAUGUGUUGAGAAUAUAUUGACGACUGCUCUUGAAAUACGCUGGUCUUGGGAUACGGUUGUCUUGGCUUGAGCCGCGUCCACGGCCGAUGGAUUGUACCAUUUCCCAGCGAGUGCGAUCUAGCAUCCGUGAUCAUCUGCUCCGCAUUCCAUACCGCACACAAACUAUCCAACUGCCUCGCCUGAGAGAUGCGGCUCUCAGCAAGUGGCGAAUUAUGGAUGCAUCUGUAUUCCCAUCCAAAAAAAAGAGCCAUAAACACGGGA